CAACGAUCCUAGACCAGAUCCAAUGGCAACCACAGCAGACACGAUACAUAUCCAUGGUGAUGAUUAUGAGGAUGAGGGCGAUGAUGAAAACGCGCCGUUAUUGGGGACCACCCAAGUCCUAAAGCCAUCGUCGUCGAGAUCGCAGAAACUGACCGUGAUGAUUGCAGCGUCGACGCUCACCCUGGCCCUGGAUAUUGGAUUCUAUCUGACUGCCGCGCCCCAAACGAAGAUCUUCGAGAACAUCGUCUGUCAGAAUUACCUGGCUGGUCUCGGGAACCCGGCGGGCAUGAUUCCACCGGAGGGUAUCUGUAAGUCUGAGCCGGUGCAGAGUGAAUUGGCUCUCGUGAAUGGGUGGAAGGAUACGUCGGAGUUUUUGCCGGGCAUUCUGCUGGCCGUUCCAUAUGGCGUGUUGGCGGAUCGCUGGGGACGCAGACCCGUUCUUCUUUUGGGGAUUCUGGGGGUUCUGCUCGGGGAGAUCUGGGUGCGCGUGGUGUGCAUGUAUCCCACCGUCUUGCCACUGCGACUGGUCUGGCUGUCGGGAAUAUGGAGGAUUAUCGGCGGCGGAGACCUCACCCUCUCAUCCGUCGCCAUGGUCAUGAUUGCGGACCGAUUUCCCGAGGAUGAGAUAGCCACGGCCUUAUUCCGCCUAUCCAGUGCGGUGAUCCUGUCGGAAGUCCUGGCUACCCCAGUCAGCGCAUACCUCAUGACUCGUGAUCCGUGGAUGCCAUUCAUGCUAGGGCUAGGGAUUUCCACGCUCGGAUCAUUGAGUGCGUUUCUCAUACCGGAGAGCCUAACUGACAUCAAAUCUAAGACUUCCUCGCCCGACGAGGAAGAGACACGGCCGGACCCGGCUGGAAAGGGCUCCGUGAGUGUAAGGCAGUAUAUCAAGGGCAAACUGCAGGCCCUCCGCGACUCGAUCCGGUUCAUCAUGGGCAAACCAGCCGUCACGGUGUGUCUGUUUGCGAUGUUCGCCACGUCCAUCAGCAGACAGUCGACGAGUCUUUUGCUGCAGUAUACGUCGAAACGGUUCGAGUGGAGUAUCGCCAAUUCCAGCCUCCUCAUCUCCCUCCGCGGCACAAUCACACUAGCAAACUUCCUCCUCCUCACGCCCGCCCUCUCCUUCCUCCUCACCCGGCAUUUCCACCUCCCAGGCAAGCUCAAAGACCUGCGCCUCGCACAGAUCAGCAGCUUCACCGCCGCGCUCGGCUUCAUCAUCAUCGCCACGGCCUCCUCCCGAGCGAUUGUGAUCCUGGGCAUUGUGGUCCUCUCGCUGGGCGCGGCCUUCGCGGUGUCCUGCCGCAGUUUCGUCACGUCGCUGGUUCGGCCGGACCGCGUGGGCACGCUGUAUUCGUCUGCUGCGGCGGUUACGUCCCUGGGCACGGUGGUCUCUGGCCCGCUGUUGGCGUAUGCGUUUCGCUUGGGGCUGCAUUGGGGGCCGGAGUGGUUCGGGUUGCCGUUUCUGCUGGCGGGCGGGGUGUAUUUUUUGGCUGCGGUGGCGAUGGUGAGGAUUCUUUCUAGAUAG